AUCCAGCAAAGCCCACAUGCACAAACACAACGCAUAUGAUGUUAGCAAUCUGUUAAUGGCAGCUACCCAGAAUAACGCAUUUGGACUUGGUCGUGUGUUUGGACAUUUUUCUGAAUUUUUAUUUUCUUUAUUAUCUUGUUCACAGAUGUAUGUUGCUUUAAGGUUAUUUCAAAACCGAAUAAACAUCCAUACAUAACAGCGCUCUCUAGAAGGCUUGACUUUUUCACACGAUGAUUGCACUAAGAAAUGAAACUGUAAAUCUCCACAAAGGAAGUUUAAGUUCAUUAAGGAAAGUGUUUUGUUCCUCGAAUUUGUCCGGGUCAUUUCAAACUAAGAUUAACAUGAAUAAUGUAUGAGGAAAUACACCUAGUUAAGACUACCCUCAUCUUUAAAAGCAUCAAUGUUUGGUCUUUUGUUUGUUUAAUUUCUCUUGUUUUUUUCCUGUAUUGCCCUAAUAGCAGUGAAGUGUUUUCUUCGAGGAUGACAACAUGCACAGAUCUCUCUCUCUCAGACACACACUUUUGCUGUAGUUUACUUUUGGUGCUUUAAAGAAGAAUGAAACCGAACUGUGUUUCGGAUCAAAGUGGAAUAUGAAACUAUCAACAUUUGCACUUAAACUAAGCUUAAAUUCCCAGUUCACACUUCCCCGCACUCAGUCUCACAAAGUGCAGUAUACAGAAGAUGGUCAACAUGGACAGAUUCUAUUAUUUAUGCAGUAUGACAUUUUUGCAGCUGUUGCAGAGGAAUGGAGAAACCAUUUUCAUAUGCCCUGUAACGAUGACAAAUCAAACACAUUUUGACGAAAUAGCAGUUCAGGAGAACACACAGGCUACAUUUAGCUACCACCUGGAAGAUGAGACUAGGGCGUAUGUCAAUGACGAUGUGUUUGCAAUUGAAAUCAAGUUGUGUGAAAAUGGAAGUUAUCACGGACUUUGCAAAUGCCGGUCGAUGUUUGACAAUAACAUAUUUUGCAAAAAUCAGAGAAAUUUUGUAACAUGUGAUGUCUACAACUCAGAAAUACUUCUUUCCUUGUUGGUAAAACGGACCUACAGUGACAUCAUAUGGGAGCUCUACAGACAAGAUUCUACACCACGUGUCAUCAAACUCACGACACUGCAGGUCACAUACCUGGCAAAAGUGACAGGCUUGAAGGUAAAUGGGCGAGAAGUUAACGAGACUGUGGUUAUUGACGAGAACCAAGAGGUCAGUGUCUCCUGCUCCUUUAUCAACGGGAAACCUCCAGUCAGUGUUCGCAUGCUGGACCAGACUGGAAACGCCCACAGCUCUACGAGGCACGGACGGAGCCCCCUCACCCUCUCUCUUGGAGAGUUUCGCUGCCAGGACGUGUGGCCGACCAUCAGGUGUGAGGCGCCUGGAUCAGAACUGAACAGAUCAGUGGCCGUUCUUGGUAGAUGCCUUCCUCAGUUUUCUCACACUGAGACUCAAGUUUUAUCGUUGGUAAAAGUCCUGGAGGAAGGGAUGACGCUUGGACUGAAGUCUUAUACAAGCAACAUCAGAAAAUGUCACAUGAACAAAUUGUCCCCACAACCUGCUAGAAGUGAAGUAAAAUGUAACCUAAGCGGAAGUGCCCCAGACUUCAACCUAACCCUCCUUUUUCCUGUAGAGUCAAGGAUUGGAGAAGGGAUUUGGACGCUACAUGUCAUAACAGAGCUAGGCAGUGCAAACAUUACCUUUGUACUCAUUAAUAACACAGGUCAAUUUGGUGACCGAGGACCUGUAAUGACAACCGGAAACAGCAGAUUGAGGACAAGUGAGUAA